AUGGUCCUAGAAAUGAUCCCAGAGGAACCAGAGGACGAGUACGUCGACUUGUUCAAUCUGCCAGAGGGGGAAGGAGCACCGCCCAAGCGUGCAGGUCUGCGCUCACGUUCAGGCCCUUCGAGGUUUUGGUUUGAGAAUGAUGCUGCUGCUGAGCGGCGACAGCAUAUAACUACAAUCGUCGACCGCCCCAUGGUCGUACAGGGCACUGGGGUGUCGAGAGCAUACCGCGCCGAGAUAACCCCCGUCGAAGAAGAACGAGCACGCCGCCGCCAUCGAUUCCAAAUUUUGCGAAUGGCAGAUGGCUCAGAAUUUGCUGUCCCUACUGCAUCUUCUAUUUAUGAGCGAGAGGGCCCAUGGGACUGGGCAGACACCUCGUUCCUGCCUCCACUUCCUAGCCCAUCACAACCAGAUGAUUCUUCCUGGGUUCAGCAGCCACUAGGUCAACAGGUUGCAGCCGAAAGGUCUUAUGUAUCCGACGAGGCCUUCAGUGCGAUAUCUGGGGCACGGAAUAUGCCCAUUUUUUCUCCCGAUAUGUACCCAGUAACCACACCCCUGAGCCAGCAAUUCAGAGAAUAUUCAGCGUCAGAUCCUGGCGCUCAAGAUGUUCCGGAAUGGCGUUCUGUUUCUGAUGUGCAAGAGCGUUCUGGGUCUUGGCAUGGAUCUCGUGGUACAAGCUUUGAAGUGUCCUCGCCUGCUGUUCUCGAGGAUGUGUCGUCUCAAGAUGUGUCGGCUCAGGAUGCUGUCACUCAAUCUUCACAUUAUGUUGUAACUAAUAACACACUAACUCGCCAAAUAACUCGACCUCCAGCUCUCACUAUCAAUACUGGAAAUGAUGAGAAACGUCGUCCUCUGACUGCUACUCCUACGAGUACUACACUUGGUCAAAAUGUAUCAGCUCCGGCUCACUUACUUGGUAUGGUCUUUUCGGGCAAAUAUUCUGACCUUCAAAUCGCACUAGACUCUGCAAGCAACACAUUCCAAUCCAGUACAUUCGCUGCCCACCGUGUCAUUGUUUCACAAAGUUCAGUUCUCAGUGAAAUAUUGGAGAGUAUGAUGAAAGCAGGUGCAGCUAUUAACCUCAUUGCAGCAAACGGUUUCUCUCUACCUCGUGGAUUUGAAUUUGCUUUGCAGCGUUAUUACGGUUUGGAGUUUAUUACCAAAGAGAAUGUGUACGAGUUCGCUCAAAUGGCUCUCGGCGAAGCCAGCGGCAGUUAUGGUCUAUCAUCUGACCAGCUGAAGAAAGCGGCUAUGGAACUUGUAUUAUGUUAUGGUUCUGCGGGUGCUUUUCUUAACCAGCCUGAGGUUGUUGAUGCGGCGUUCAAUCUGGUCUUGGAACUUUUCGACUGGAGCAAUCUCGAGACCGCUCUCCAAUUUGGGCUUUAUCCGGAAGACUAUUUGUUGGCUUAUGAAGGCAACAGCAACGGCAGUAGCAGCAGCAGCAGCAACAACAGCAACAGCAACAGCAACAGCAACAGCAACAGCAACAGCAACAGCAACAGCAACAGCAACAGCAACAGCAACAAGACGAAAGGGAAGAAAAAUCGACGCACAAAGCGGAUGGGAAAGGCCAGCAAGAUAAUCGUUUUUAACAACUUGAACGAUGAAGUUGUACACAAAUGGGGUCCCAGAAUCGCUUCGGCUGCCAUCAACUUUUUGGUUCUGAAUCUGCCAUCUGACUAUCACUUUGACCGCACGGGUUUAUCGAAAGACCUGCAAGAUCGUAUCCCUGCUUACCUACGUGGAGAAUACAGCGUCGUCAACCGCAACCCAAUGUUGGCAGGCUUAACCUUUGGCGAGCAUCCUGCCCCAACUCCGGAGGCACAUCAUGCAUCCGCUAUCCUUCUCGCUCUGCCAUUCACUUACUUCCGUGAAGCUGUUGGAGAGAUGCGUCUUCGCGAUGUCUUGACUGGGGAUAUCGUCAAAGCCAUCCUCCAGGAACGUGAGGUACGCCGUAUAAGUGCAUUGCAGGCACAUUCUCAACAAGUUGGUGUUGGGAGAGGUGACGUGGAACUUCUAAGGGAGCUUGGAUAUCGCGAGUUUGCCAUUCACGUACAGACAAUUGAACGCCCGCUAGGGUCUGACGUGGACGUCCUUCGCAAUGAGUACUCACUGCACCGUGAAUGGUGCGGCAUCCAAGCUGGUGGAGGCCUACAAUCUGUUAUUCGCAAGUUUGGAGAGUAA